AUGCGGGCACCUUAUCUGCCGGGAGGGGAGAGCGCGCGAGAGACAAAAAUUUUGGUCCAAAAUAAUUAUAGACGCGCGGGCCCUCCACCCAAAGUCAGCGACAACCUCCCCUCCAAAAAGAAAAAAAACCUAGGUCACAGCCGCCCCCAAAUCUACAUCCCGAUCCACCCGUGCCCUCCACCAUCCCGCCGCCGCCGCCGCCGCCCCCAACCAUCCCACCGCCGCUGUCGCACCCGCCAUCCCGUCACCGCGGAUAGCCCUCCACCCCGACCACUGCCGCCGUCGCCCCUAACUACCCAACAACAGCGCUGGCAGCACCCCACUAACCCGGACCACCACUGUCGCCGAGCCACUCAACCGGCGACUACCCUCCUCGAAUGCCUUCCCUCGCCACCACUCUACUUCGCGAGAUUCCUCCCCCGAGCAGGCUUCCUCCCUAAGACGACGGAGCCAGUAGUUCUUCGGAUGAGAUGGGUGAGUGCAAUGGUGUUGGUGUGUUCUUCGGAUGAGAUUGUGUCUGCAAUGUUGUUGGUGUGUUCUUCGGAUGAGAGAAGAACAGGUGCUGAUUUAAUCCUUCUGAACCCCAAUGAGGCUGAUAGCCUAAAUAAAUCUUUGCUCCAGAAAGCUUUACGAAGUGAAUUCAUUACUACUUGAAGUCUUGUGUAUGGAAGGGAAAUUGGACAUUCUGCUCACUGUGUACUAAUCAAAAUGUAUGUAUAGAUACUCUACUCAUUCUAGUUCAUGCCGCUAUUAAUUAUAAGCGCUUCUUUUGUGAGCUUCUAUCUUAUGCAAAUAAUGUGAUAAUUUAGCAGCCUACUUUCAUGGCUUUGGAUGUCACUUGAAAAACUAUCAGUGGAAGUGUUUUCUUGUUCUUUGCUUAACUAGAUGUCAAAGUAUAAGGAACAAGCUAAUGUACAAGAUGUCUUUUUGUUGUUGUCGCGAAAAGCUCGUUUACAAGAUGUUAAAGAA